AUGAAAAAUAUUUUCAGAGGUAUUUCCAUUCUACUGCUUUUUUUUAAGCUUACAAUAGGAGAUUUUACUGCCAGCUAGUUAUCACAAAUAACAGAAACAGCUUUUAAUUGUAACAUCCAAUACUGUACAGAGUGUCCAAAUAACCCUGGAGGAACAGCUUCAUGCACAAGAUGUUAACUUGGUUAUUUUUUAUAUCAAAUACCAUAAACUUUUGAUCCAGAUUAAGGAUAUACAUCAAUUUAAUACAUUUGCGUACAAUGCCCAAAUUACUCUUAAGCUACACUUUCUUACAUUCCUUGUGGUGAUUGUGUAGAUAAUCCUUCAUUGUGGGCUUAAAGUAGAUAAUGCACAUACUAAUAUACAAUAAAUGCCAAUACGGCAGCUUAAAGAGAUAUGAGUUCUGAAGUUAUUAUGAGAGUUUCUUUAGAUACAAUUUAACUUUUUCUUGUUUCUGUCUAAUAAUAAGGUUCUUCUUAUACAUCCACUGUUUAAGAAUGCUUAGGUUGCCUUUCUUUUUGCGGAAAUAACAUUCUUUAGUAAGGUUGCAAUCAGUAUAUAUCUCCCUCAACGAAUGAUUCAAUCCAAGCUGCAGUGAUUUGUAGAUAGGGUUAUUUUUGGGAUAAAAAUAGCUGUAACAAUAAAUGCAGUGCUGAUCUAACAUGCUAAAAAUGUAAAAAAGUUAACAAUUCACCAAUUUGUAUGGUUUGUAUGGAUGGAUACGCACUUAAUUAAAAUGGAAUUUGUAUCUAAUGUUCAACAGUUAUACCUGAUUGUUAGUAGUGUUACUAUGGAGAUGAUUCAGGUAGAAACUAUUCUCAAGAUCCUUAAAAUUUUGUAGGAUAGCCUUUACCUGCUAAUACAUACCUUCGAUGUUCAAAAUGUGCAAAAACCCAAAGCAAUCAAGCCGGAGGUUCCACUAUUAAAACUAUAUAAAUAAAUGUUUAAAUGAUACCAUCUCUCGAUUUAAAGUCAUGCCUAAGCUGCUCUAACAAUUGCUUAAGGUGCGAUUUUAGCACAACACAAAAUGGAUAAGAAAUUCACUCUUUAAAUCCUAGAAUUAUUCCUACAAAUCAACAAAGUUCUUAUUAAUAGAGGUGUAGAGUAUGUGCAAGUGGUUAUGUUUUAAAUCCUCAUGGAACUUGUGAAGUUUGUAACAUUUAAAAUUGUUAGAAAUGCGUAUAUGGAACAAAUGGAAGUUCUGAAACAUAUUAUACACUUAAUGUAAAUAAUUUCAGUGUGCAAGACUCUCAAAUCCUUCCUUAAAAUAGCUACAACGGAAAUACUGUUUUUUGCGCUGUUUGCAAUAAGGGAUAUAACAGAAAAAGUGAUGGGACAUGUGAUUAAAAUAUUCCUAGUUAAUGUAUAUCAUCAGUCAAAGGAUAGUGCUUAAUUUGUAAUGAUGGUUAUGUCUCAAAUAAUGGUAAUUGUAACACCUACAAUGGUUCAACUUUCUCAAACUGUGGGUAAUAUUACACUGCCACAAGUGGGUAAUAGACUGUUACUUAUUGCUUAAGUUGCGAUUAAUAUGGAGGGCCUAGUACAUCUUCUUAAGGAUAUCCAAACUACAACACAAAUUCAUGUUCAAAUUGUGAUAGUACUGGAGUUUGUUCUUAGUGUACUUAAUGGAAUUGGAGAUUCAACUUGAUUGAUUAUUUAUAAUUUUAGCGUCCAUAUCUUACAAGCAAUUAAUUUAGUUCUUACGAAUAAACACUUCAACUCUAAGAUACUCUAUGGUGUUUAAAUUGUAAUUCACCUAAUUUAUAAGAUCCAUGGACUGGAUAAUGCUAUGGUUGUUUAUCAACUUGUGAUGGUUGUACUCCAAAAUUUGGUUUACCAAACUGUUAUAAGUGUAAUUUAAGCAAUUUAUAAAUUACAAGUGGAUUAUCAGUGAAAAGAUCAUAGACUUUGUCUAAAAUAGGUUGCACUUUGUGUUCAGAUUAUGAAUAAAAUUGCAUUGAAAUAAAAGGUCCUGAAUAAUAGGUAAAAAACCCUUACUACGCAAAUUCAGCUUAGUUUGGAAAUAUAGUUAGAUGGACAAAAGCAAAUUAAUGUAGAACCAUUAGUAGUGAUGUAGGAUCCACUGUGACUUACUAUGCAAAUAGAUAUAUGUUUUUCAAUUCUUAUAAUCAAAAAUGUUAAGUUUGCUAAACAAGUGCAGGAUGCAAGAAAUAAGUUAUUAUUCCUUAUUAUUUUGAUACUACUAUUAACUUAAAUUAAGAUAUAUCUUCGUAUAACCCUCAAACUAAAUUUACAGGAUAUAAUGCUUAUUCUCUACCUUAUCUGUCUUCUCAAGAGAUGGCCCAUUAACAGUUAAAUCUAAGAGAAGCUUUACAAUUUAGUCAAAAUUAUGUAAAGUUUGCUGAAGAGGGAGUCGAAUAAAUAGUGUUCUAAAUUAUAUUUGUAGGUUCCAGUGUUGAUGCCACUUAUUUAUCUAGUGCAGUUUUGGAUUUUAAUUUAUAACUUAUAUCUGAAGCAUUUUCGAUGAUUCCGACUCUAGUCGAUCUGAAAGCGAGUGUUAACACAAUGAUAUCAGGUGAUUUUAGCUCAGUGGGAAAUAAAAAAAUGAAAAUUUACAUUAAAGAUUCACUUAUAUUCACUGCUUUCUCUACAGUAGAAUUCAACAAUGUUGAGUUCUAUCCAAUUUAAAAUAAUGAUAGUAACGCUUUAAAAAAUCCAUUCUUUAUAUAGCUGACAAACGUGUUGAAAACUUCUUCUGUUACUUUUAAUAAUUGUGUAAUUGGAAACACAAAUCCAAUAAACGUCUAAUUAGGAGACUAUACAGACAAAGGUACAAGUUAAUACUUUAGUUUAAUUGCUCCUAACUUGGUUUCACUCAAUUUAAACAAUUUUGUACUCAAACAGAUUUAUUAUCCUCCAAAAAUAAACUUUUAUGAUCCCGGAACAGCAAAUUUAGCAACUACUUUCACUUUAAAUACUGUCUAAUUCACAGGAUUAUCUCUCCAGUAUAUUUCAAUGUUUAGCAUGAAUAACACCAACUCUCAAAUAUCUUUCACCUCAGUUUAAGUAUCAGGUUCUACUUUUGACAACGCAUACUUUAUUUAUGAAUUACAAGGAUUAGGAGAAUCUUUCUUAAGAUUUGAUCUAAGUCAGAUAACAUUUUCUAACUUGAAUAUGGUAGAUUCAUUUUUAAUAUAUGUAAUGAAUGCAGUUAGAUUUAAAGCCUCUUAGUGGGUUUUUUAAGCACCGUUUACAGCAAUUUCAAGUACAAAAAUAACAUCCUUAAUUUGUACUAACCUUAUCUCAAUUUCAGGAGUAACUGUUACUUCCUCUCAAUAAAGUCGUUUCUUCCUGAAUUAAGUUACUAUGUUUUCUACACCUUCAUAUUCUCUACUAGUUUAGAAUUAAUUGUAAAUUAAUCAUAGAUACUCAUCUGUUUCAAUCGAUUCAGCUAAAUGCAACUUAUCAGCAAGCACUAAUUCUCUAGGUGUCUAUUCUUGUUUUUUUGAUUUAAAUACUCCUUACAACCCUAACAGUUUCAUGUUAAAUGUAAUGCUGAGUCAAGUGACUAUUUAAAAUACAUAUACAGAUUCAAACUAGCUUUAAUUACUAUGGAAGCUUAUAAAUAUUAAUACCGUUAAUAGCUUAUAAUUUUUAGCAAUUAAUAUUUUAAGGAAUUAGAAAUUUUAAGGCAUUCACAUUUACAAUCCUGUUACUUUGACUAUUACUAAUUUCAUAUGUGGAGAUCCUGAUAAUACUGUUUACAGUCAAAAUAUUCCAUUCUAGGGUUAACUAAGCUAGUUAGACUAAUCAAAAUUGCAUGGAUAUUGCUUAAAUGCAGUCUUUUGUUAAAGCUCUUUUAGUGCUGAUACAAUUGUAUUAAAAAAUUACUCAGGUCUAGACCAAUCUCCUUUUUAGAUAAUUUGCACAUAAGAUAUCUUAAACGAGUCGAAUAUAGCUACACAAAUACCUAUCACUAUAAAUAAUUUUUCUAUUUCUAACUCUGUUAUUUUCCAAGACUUAUCAUAUUUAUAGGUUUCACCUUUUUAAAUAGUAAACAAGUAUUCUGUUUUUAACAUCUAAAUAAGUAAUGUUGCAGUUAGCAUUUCCUAACUUUCACCUCUAAAUUAACUGGGUUUAACUACUUACUCUUCAAGCACUGUCCUAUUAGUUGAUUCUAUUGAAUCAUAUCUCACUGUAACUAAUUCAAAGAUAUAAGAUACCACGUGCUUAUUUUCAUAGAAUGCUUUUGCUGUAACCGUGAAUUUUUUAACAAUCUAAAAUACUUUAUUUAGAAAUGGAAACAAACAAUAGCAAGGAAAUUUAGUUUCAACCUCAGGAGGUUUCGUAUAUGCAAGAGCUGCCACAAUGAAUUUUAUAGAUGUAAAUUUCCAGACUAGUGUAGCAAACUUUGGAGGAGCAUUAUAUUUGAUAACAAUACCUCCUGGCGUAAUAAAUAUUAAUGGAAAUACACAUUUUUAUUAAACAAUAACAACUACUAACUCUAUAACUGAUGGUUCUGGAGGAGCAAUUUAUAUAGAUUGCACGUAAUCUCCACUAACUUUAGUAAUUGAUGGGGCUACUUUUUAAGAUGUUUAUGCAAGAACAAUUGGAGGACUUCUAUAUCUUAAUUCUGGACCUUUAUCAGCAGAUGUAACUAUAAAGAAUAGCUUAAUUUCAAAUGUUUAUGCUCCUCAGGGAUCUAUUAUUUAUAGUUAACAAAUAAAUAGCAAUUCUAAAGUUACUUUUACAAAUAAUGUAAUAUAAUGGGAUGAUUAGAGCUAAAUUUAUAAUUAUUUAACCAGCACUCUUGUUCCUUCAAAUUCUGUUCCAGAUCCACUUUUGUUCUCUGCACUUAGUCAGCAUUCACAAAUAUGGAUUUCUAAGGGAAAUUUAAUCACUACAAAUAAUAUCUUCUCUGGAUUAAGGUAUUAGUAACUAUUUUAUCUUUACCAACUCACCUCUUGGUAAGAAACUGGUAGUAUAAUAUAAGGAUAUUAUAUGUCUACAUAUCCGUUAAUUUAUACUUACAAAUGCACUGCUAUAUCUUUUACAAAUACAAUGAUCACAAACGUUUCUCCAUAUUCACAUAGCACAGGUAUUGAGUUCUUUACUUAUAUUGAUAAUACUUAGAAUUCUGUUGUACUUCACAACUAAGAUAUAGAUAUUACAUACACAGGAGUUACAUUUUAAUCAAAUAGAUAGUAUACCAAAUAUGGUUUUGCAUAAUUCUAAUAAUGGAGUGGUUUCUUAAAAAUUGCUUAAAGCACUUUCAAUUAUAAUACUGGAUAAAAUGGUGUCUUAUUCCUAUCUUAAAGUAGCACAACUUUGACCUCAAGUAGACUUUUGUAAAAUGAAGGUUAAGAAAACUAAAUUUCAUGCUCUAAUAGUACAAUAGCAGAAGAUACUGAAGCUGAGUUUAUGUAGAGAAUUUUAUCAUCUAAUGCAUAUACAGCUCUUAUUUAGAAUUCUAUUUUCAAUGGAAAUUAUGCAGUUUAAGGUGCUGCAUUAAGUUCUUAUUAUACUACUAUAUAAAUUAGUGGUUCUACAUUUUAGAAUAACUAUGCCACUAGUGUUGGAGGAGCAAUCUACUCUUACUAAUUAUCAACUUCAACAAAUACUAUAACUUUUACUGGGAAUACAUUUACAAACAAUCAAGCAGGAUAAGGAGGAGCUUAUCUAAUCGAAGGAAUAAGUCCCACCUUAAGUUCCAUUACUCCUAACACUUUUACAUCAAAUACUGCUACAUUUUAUGGAAAUGAUAAAGUAUAAUCUCCAGUGUCUAUGAGGUUAAUAUAUAAUGGAAAAGCAUAUAAUUAUGCAUAAGGUUCUACUAAUAUUCCAACUAUAAAAAAUUAUGGCAGUGGUCAAACUCCAGGGGGAAUGGUAAUCUAGCUAAUUGGCUCUGACGGUACUGUUUUAAGAUAAUAAACUAGUACAGUUACAGUUGCUUUAAAUUUUGCUUCAGGAGAUUAUAUAGAUAGCACAGUUUAGCUGGUAGGUACAAAAGUAUUUAGUUAUAAUGAAGGUAUAGCGGGAUAUAAUAUCACUAGCUUAAUAUUUAUUGCUAAGCCUCCUAAUUAAAUAAAAGUUAAAUUUUCUUCUCCAGCUGUAAUAAUACCAAUUUUAGACAGUACUGGAACUAUUACUGGAUACGAUACGAGCUAUGUUUUCCCUCUGGUUAUCAAUAUGAGAAGCUGUACUUAUGGAGAAAUUUAUCAAGCUACUACAGGGUAAUGUUAUGCAUGCCCUAGCACAAAAUAUUCACUAGUUUUAGGAGCUGAACAGUGUUUAUCUUGUCCUAAAAUAGGAGUAGAUAGUUGUCCAGGAUAUAAUAUAAUGAAGAUAUCAGCUGGUUAUUGGAGAAAAAAUACAUCUUCCGAUCUUAUAGAACCUUGCUCAAAUGCUGCCUCUAAUUGUGUUGGAGGUUAAGAAGACUAACUUUGUUAUACUGGUCAUAUUGGUGCUCUGUGUGAAGAAUGUGAUCUUUAUGGAAAGUAUUGGGGAGAAGCAUAUGCUUUAAGUGGAAGCUUUUCUUGUGGUAAGUGCUCACAGGUAUCUGGAAAUGUGUAAAAAGUAGUUUUAAUUAUGAUCUGGACUCUAAUAUCAACUCUUUUAUCUGUUAAAUCAACUAUCUAAUAAGUCUAAUAAUAUAUUUAAACCUAAAUAUUAAUUGUUUCAGGUUUUAUUCUGGGUGGAAAAUCUAGUCACUCUAAAAACCAAGCUGGUGUUUUAAUUAAAAUUUUAACAAGUUAUUUUUAGGUCAUUUCUGUUAUAUUCACGUUUAAUCUCACAACACCAAGUUUCUUUUCUACUGUAAGUACAACAGUUGGUAAUCCAUCACAGUAAAUGAGUGUUUCCAUGGAUUGCUUUUUCUUACAGAUGUCUAAUAUGCCUGUGCUUUAUUUCAGAUUAGUUUGGCAACUGAUUAAUCCUAUGAUAUUUGUUGUAGUUUCGGUAUUAAUUUACAUAGUUGGUGUUAUUUUGAAGAAAGUGAGAAAAAACUCAGGAUAUAUCUGGUGUACUUUCAUUUUCCUUUUUAUUACAUUAUAACCUUCUGUCAUACUUUCGUUUAUCUCUACUGCUUCUUGUAGAACUAUUGCUAAAGUAGAAUACAUUAAGGCAAAUGUAGCAUAUGAAUGUUAUACAAAUGAACAUAUUUAUUAUUUAGUUACUCUAGUUAUUCCUUGGUUACUAAUUUGGGCAAUAGUGAUACCAUUAAUCUUUUUCUAAAAACUGUAUUCUAGCAGAGAUAAAAUAUAUAGCAAUAUAUGGAUAAGAUAUAGAUAUGGUUAUCUAUAUAUGGAAUAUCACCCUAGAGCUUAUUUUUGGGAAUUUGUAAAGAUGUUUGAAAAAAUCACUCUCACUAUUAUUGUUAAUGUUUACGGUGAUGAUACAAAAGUAAAAGGUGUACUCUGUUUUUUAACAGUAGUUGUUUACUUGAUAUUCUCUUACAUUUUUAAGCCUUACAUAGAAAAUGAAUAAAAUCGUUUGGAUUAAAGAGGUAAUGAGGCAGCUGCUAUUAGCAUGAUAAUGGGUGUAUUCAUAUACUAAAAUUCUUAUGAUUACUUAAUUGUAAUAGGCUAUAUUGUCCUUGGAUUUGUUAAUAUAUUGUUUGUUUUAGAUAUUAUAAGAGGUCUACUUAGAGGAUACACUAAAAAAGUUGAUGAUAUAAUCAAUCAGUAAUUUGAAAAGAUAACAAAAAUACUUUCUAAAUAUCCUUUGCUUGCAAAAUUUAUAGCAAAGAAGCAUCAAGCUUAUGUGCCAAUUGAAAGAGUAACUUAUUUAUGGAGAAGGACCAGCAUGUUUGUACACAAGUGGUUUAAGUUAAGAAAAGAAGAUCCUGAUUUGAAAUUGGUAAAUGUUCGUCUAGAUGAAUAGUUAAAACCAAUAAGACCAAUAGAAAAUGAAGAAGAAAAGCCAAUAAACUAAUAGUCAAGUGAUGAGAAAAUAAAAUUCAAAAAUUUAGGAGAUAACUAAUUUGAAGGAAAAGCAACCAAAAUAUAAGAAACGACAACAUACCAAUCAAGUGAAAUAUCUCGCUCACCUCAAUUAAAUGCAGGAUAUCCUGUAUUAAAUCCAAAUAUAGUAAAGAUCAAAUAGCAAUAAACUCAAAAUUCUCCAUAAUUGAUUGGUAAUUUUGAUAGUAUAUAAGAAGAAAUUAUAAAUUUAGAUAACUAAGAAGCUUCAACCUAAUAAGAUAAAUUUCCUUUAAAUAAAAACGCUGCUGAAUUUACACCUAGCAGAAAGAGGAAUGAUGAUUCUCCUUUUGGAAGAAAUUCAGUAGGAUCUUUUAAAGAUAAUCUUAACCUAAAUAGAAGAAAAUAAAAGGUUAUGGUAGAGUUGGGUGAUAAUAAAGACUCUGAAUAAAAAGAUGACUUCGAUUUAUGA